AGAAGUGAGGUUACGCGAUGGAAUAGGACAGAUUAUACGGUGGAUGCACGCUUGUAACCGAGAUGGAUAGAGAGAAGGAUAGAAGAGGUUAGCGGGUGAGAAAGAGAUAGGUUAAAUGCAAGAAGCGUAAGGACGUAGAGGAUAGGGAAAUGAUAAGAGAAAUCAGGUAUGAGAGAGACGAAGAGAGCGGUGCAAGUAAUCGGGUGGGAAAGAGACGAUCAGAAUCGAAGAGAGAUGGCGAGAUGGUGUAAGAGAGAAAUCACGAGUGCUAGGGAGACGAGGAGGCGACUAGAAAAAGAAGAUUUCGUUCAUUGUCGACAGAAAAGAGAGGGAACGAGCGCGAACAUAGGAGGGGUGAGUUGGAAGAGCGAAAGAGAGGGGAUUAUAGUGAGCGAGACGGGAUGGUGGUUUCAGUCACCGCCCGAUCCUCGGCGCGCACGGUUUUCGAAUGGGUGUUCUUCUCAUCCUCGUCGCGAGAAUCGCCGAUUAACGAGGUCGUUUAAAGAGUGGGCCACGCCGUGUGCCUAUCGACUAUUCGUCUCGAGAAUUUCGAUACUAGCUGGCCAAAAUUCAGAUAUCACGCGCAGUUCUCGCGAGAUUAACGAAACUUGGUCCUUGUUUUGUUCGAUGAUCGUUCUCCUGCUGUGCGAAAAGUUGUAAGAAAAGUGGUGUGACGAUCCCUCAUUACGGUUUGUUGUAUUUUUUAAAACUGUUUCGACGAAACACAGUUCUCAACUUGUAUACGUAUUCUUCGAUCCAAAGAAGAUUUAUAUUACUCGUGAUAAAUGUAUCAAGUGACGUUGUGUGUAACGUGAAAUUUGAUUAGUUUUGCGGUGACAGUUAUGACAUAACUUAUGAUCUGACGAUCGCUCGUGUGCACCGAUACAUCGAUUAGAAAUGAUCGAUAUGUGAGCGAUCGAUGUGGCUGUGUAGCCACUCCAGUACGAGCUUUGAUUCGUGAGUGACGAAUGAAAGAAUCUUUCUAAUGCGUGAAACGAUAUUUUUUUUUUUUUCAUGUAAUCCAUUGACGUGUAUGGGACAUUUCUUCCGUCUACUUGUCGCGGAGACGUGGAACACGGCCUUCAUCUCUUUCCACGGAUUCUUCUCCGGCAAAAUGCAGAGACUCGUGCAUCGGUACCAGGCAUUUAAACGGAUUUAGAUUCGCAGACAUAUUUUCACAUCACUUGGAGUAGUAAUGCAUUCAGCAUAUUAAUAUCGUCUCGUUCAUCUGAAAAAUUAAAGGAAGGAAUAAACGAUGAAAAAUAUCGGGCUUUUCCCGUGUAAAUUCGGUGGCGAAUAAUUAUGAUAAGCAUGAUUAAUUGCCCGUGCACCGAGUUCAAGUUGAAGGAAGAAAUAAUUACUUCCGAUUUCCGGGGCAAUAAUUCAACGGUUCGCCGCAAACGACGCGUAUAAGUUUCUUCGUGGAACAGCUGAGAAACAAAAGAGAUCCGUUUAUGAAAUGUUUCGAUUCGGGAUAAAUAUUAAUGAAUUUUAAAAUACAUUACCAAAAAGACCACCUCGUCGAAUUGUGAAAUAGUAUGGAAUUAGAGGUAUAAAAGCGAAAAAGAGCGAAUAUGAAUUGAAACGAAGAGGAAAUUAAAGAUUCGAGUUGAGAAAUAUUGGAAAUUUAUUUGGAUGUAUUAAUGGUGGUUGAAGUUAAAGUUUUGAAUCAUAAUGGUCGAGGAUUGAAAAUAUUCUCGAUUUUUUCUUCGAAAUCUAGUGGAAUAUAUUAUGGAAAUAAGAUAGAAGAUUAAAUCUCGAUAUGCGUUGUGUUCUUUACACUAGAUCUAAAUUUUGAAUAGAUCUUCGAUUUUUCAUAUUCUCUGAUACCAUUUUUAUUAAUUUCUCUCUUUGUUAAUUUAUUAUCCAGUUUUUAAAUAAUUAGAUUUUGUUCCAUUGAUAAUGGUUGAAUAUAUUUAACAUAAAUCAAAUUGGAAUCAAGAGAACUUUUCCGUUCUUAAUCCAUCUUCCAUCUUCUUCAAACGGAAUUCGAUUCGUAUCGCGAAUUUUAACGCGCAACUUCAUUUAUCAAAAUUCUGUGUAACGAGAGGCGGGUUUGGCAGCUGCUUCAAUUUGCCGAAACUUCAAUUCCAGGCCGUGUGUUUCGCAUUCGAUCUAUACUGAAUUUUAUGCCUCGAAAUAUUGGCAACCGAUCCAAAAGAUCUCGAUGUCAGUUUCGCGCCACUAAUAAGUCAGAAAAACACUUGAGGGAAAUUAUCUUUCCUUUCUAGUGUGCGUUCAUCUUCGUGGUCAUUCUAUGGCUCUAGAUUGUGGUUUACUGAAAGGUACUUGGAUAUCUAGAUUUAGAGAUCGGGUUUAAAUGGAGAUUUAAGUGUACUUGUAACAAGAGAUCCUACGAGGAGUAUUUAAGUGAACGCUAUUGUACAAGGAUAAGAGCGUCUCAUUUUUAUUAAUGUUGCAUUCAAACAAUUUUUUCUAAAAUAUACAUAUUAAGGAAUUAGUUUUGAAAAAUUACGAAAACCGAUAUGUUUUUCGAUAAUUUAUGAAGAAUUUGAAGGUAUAGAAUUAUAGCAUAUUAUUCAUUUAUUUAAACAGGAAGUCAGAUAUGGUAACAUUACAAGAAAUGCGGAAACAAACAAAAAAUUUCAAAUAAAAUCGUCAGAAGUCACAUAUUAAAUUUGUUCGUUAGAAUCAAAAUUUUUCUUCUUCUUCAUCCCUACAUGAAUUUUUUCUGUAGAAAUAUUCUAUCUAUUAAUUUUUCUUUGUCUAAACUUUCUAUGUUUCUUUAUUUCAGAAAUAUAACUACUUGCAAAUUUUCACAGUGUUUCAUACCAACUUUUGUGUGUGAUAAUAUGCACUUAGUUUUGUUUAUCUUCUACGGUGAAACUAUUCGAAUUAAAACUUGAUGCGUGCAUAUCCUGUAACACCAGUAUCGUCGACGCGCGAAAUUUGAUGCGGAGCAUUUCCAGGGCCAUUGUUAAGCGAAUAAUUAACGCGGGCGCUACUCUGACGAAAAUCCAACCGGUUUAUCCGCCGAUAAAAUCUCAAUUAGAGGUCGCGACGGAGUAUAUGGAGGGCAAGGUGUCCGCGAAUUGACGCGAAAGCGGACAAAUGGCCGGUGAAAACAAGAGGCGAGGGUUGGAAAAGGGCAAUUACACCAUGAGCGCAUUGGUUAAUGGCGCGGUCGUGGUAAUUUUCCGAUGCACAACGAAGCUCGCUACUAUCGGUGCUUCAAAUUUAAGCCUUCAUGUGAAGAUACUGCGUGCAAUCUCGAAGUUUAUCUCGCCAAUGUUCCAACCAGCUUCGCUCCAAGAUACUUUCGAGAUUAGUGGAAGCUGAGAUUAGUUCCACGGCGAGAUACGCGAUGAAUGCCACGCCAGGAUUCCCCAGGCAACGACGAAAGAUCGAAAGAAGAUGAACGGGAUGGAGCAGAUCCCUGAAGGUUGAGAGCGAGCGGAUCCUCGAUAUGACCGGCUGCUGCAGAAUGCGGCCGACUGCAUCGGCGCUCGGCGUCAUCGCCAUUGUCUCCGUCAUGAUCACUGCCACAUCAUCAGAAGCGGGGAACGGCGCCGUCGAGCCCAGCAUCAAUCACCCUGUAGUGGACGAGGAGGACCAACGCCUGCAAGAGGACGAGGCGAACGAAACGGCGGCCGAUGACCUGGUCACGCUCCGCGCACGCUACGUCGACGACCCGACCGACGAGGCUCCAAUUGCCACUAAAACUACCCAGUCUCUCCCGGAGAACGUCUCGCGAUCAUCCGAGGAAGGCAUCGUGGAGCCACUGCAGAGGGAUCAAAGCGACCUGCUGGUGUCCGUGGCGGUGAACGACGAGGUGGACGGCGAUCCGUUGGGGUCAGAGUCGAGGGAGCGCGAGAGUGGCAGGGCGCAGCAAGCGAGCAAGGAUUUCGUCGCGUCGACCCGGCCGAAUCGAGUGGAAAUCGCGUCGAGUAUCGGCUCCUCGGGGGUGGUCGUGGACCAGUUGGACGGUGUCCAGGUGGAGGACGAGGGUUUGUCGAACGUGGUGGAACGCGGGGAGAGUGGGUCUAACGCGGACAAAUGGCGGAGAGGUGGCUCUGCUGGCUUCACGACCGCGUCCAUCCGCGAGACGACGGAGGUGGCGAUCGAGCGGAAGAACGUGGAGGACAUCAGGGCGAUCUCGUUCCAAGUGCCUGCGGUUGUCGAGGAGGCGGAGGAGGUCGUGGACAGGCAGCAGGGCAACGAACAGCCGAGGAAAGAUCAUUCGAGGCCGGUGAACAAUCUCCUGUUGGCCGGUGGCAAGUCGACCAAGGCGUUCUACGAGAUAAAACCGUCGAUCAAGACCGAGAUGGAUCUUGGUGAUCAGGUGAGCUCGACGAUCGGCACCCAAAGGCCACUCCAUGCAAGGAAGUUCGUGUUGCCCAGCGUGGACAGCGCGUUCGGCAAAUUUGGCCCUUAUUUCGAGGACGGGGAUCAGGAAAUAAAUAUCACUGCCAGGAUAGGGAGCACCAUGCUGUUGGAUUGCAAGAUCGGCAUGCUCGGUAAUAAGGAGGUGACGUGGGUGCAGCAGCCUAGCAAGGACUUGUUUCGACUGCUCACCGUCGGCAUGGUACCGUACAGCGUGGAUCAGAGGAUCAGCCUCAACUUUCGGUAUCCAAGCAAUUGGAGAUUACAGAUUCAAUACGCUAACCCGCGGGAUUCCGGUUUAUACAAGUGCCAAGUUUCGACGCAUCCGCCGCUGGUUAAAACGAUCAACGUCAUCGUCACGGCGCCGGAAUUGACAAUAACGGACGAUUCCGGUCGAGCGGUAUCCAAGGAGAGGCAUCUAAAGGCAGGAAGCGCACUGAAGCUUAGAUGCGAAGCCAGGGACGUGAUCGAGUCCCUGAAGGAAUCCGUCAUUUGGACCAGAGGGGAUGAAACGCUUACCGAGGACGUUAGUGAAAACAGGACGACGGAGAUUUUGGCUGGCAAGGAAGUCCUCGUGAUCGUCAGCACCCUGAUCGUGGAGAGGGCCAGCCCAAGACACGCCGGAAACUACAGCUGCGUGGUAAAAGGGCCCACGGCUCCGGAAAAGGCUAAAACGACUGUCGCGGUACACGUGCUCAAUGGGGAGUUGCCGGCCGCGGUGCACGACGGCAACGGGGUCUCCAGGGCGUUCCUCAACCUGUGGCUAAUUCACUUAACGAUGAGCUACGUUUUUUCCAGAUGACAAUACUAAGGCCAUCGCAACAGCGCCGAGAAUUCCACCGGCAAGUCGAUUUGAAUAUCGCGGUGCGCGAGCCAUCCGUUCACGGACAGUUCGGUGACUGAUAUUCGAUUGAAAUCAUCGUCGUCGGCAACGAGGAUUCGAUCGACUUGGAUCGAUUCCCAUUCUCCAGCCGAGAAUGAAAAAAAAAUAUAGAAGAAAGAGAAAAAAAAUCGUUUUUACCUUUAAUAAUUUAGGAUCCCCUUUUCGAUCGAUCGAAUUUGAUCAAAAGUAGCUCAUCCUCGAGUGAGAACUCGGUGAUCGUCUCGAAUUAAUUAACGCGAGUUACCGUGAAAAAUCGCGCGGAAAAAAAAAGAAAAAAGAGAAGAAGGAAGCCGGAGACGGAUCGCCGUUACAAAGUGGGCCAUUUAUUGUAUAUAAAUUUAACUGGACGGUGUUUCCGGACGGACAAUGCUUUCGAUGGAAGGUCUUCAAAAUUACUCCUGGUGCCAAGGUGAUGAGAAACAUGAGGGGGAAUAUUGAAAGGAUGUACAAGGGUGAUGGAGAGGAGUUGAUACUGUUUGGAAUGUUGAUACUUUGAAAUCGAUAGGGUUUAGCAGAGAUUUAUUGCUCGUUACGGGAGGAUAGAGGAAGGCGACGAAGGGUUGGGAAUGUUGAUCGAGGAUGGAGGUUAUUAUCUCAUUGAAUCGUUCGGUUAUUUUAAUUAUAUUUCCUCCAAUGGUAAUACCAUUUGCGUAAAUUUGAUAAAUUUUUUUUCGUGAAAUUUUCUCCGAUACGCAUUAAUAAAUUGGAUCAAUUGGACGAAGAAUACGGAAACGCAUUUCCAAUAUUAUUUACUUUUGACAUCGGUGAUUAAUGAAAGCUUUCGAAUACGAAAAUAAAAUGGUGCGCAAUAAACAAAAAAGGAAUUGGUAUAUUGUUCAAAUAAAGACGAGAGAUUCCUUGAUAAAUAAUUUGCGCUCGAUGAAAAUAUAUAAUGCAACGAUUAUAAUUAUCAAAGACGUAUAAGGGAGGAAGGAAACUCUUGGUAUUAUCUAAAAGGGUGCACACUAAUCGAAUCUAACCUCUCGUGAUCCAUAUGCAUCAGCAGCCUCGGUUUAACCCAGAUACCACGAAAACGUCACCGACUUUUCGACGGCGAAAAUAGUUGGGAUAGUCGGAGGACCAUAGGUAUAAUUAAUUAGCCGUCGAGAUUCUUUUCGAACUAGACCCUGUCUAGCGUGAAAAAUAAUCGUUUCACAGCUUGGACUUGGUGGCUGCAUUACGAGGUAAAUUUCAUUUUAAAAAUAAAUCUUCGUGUUUUAUUACCGUGUGUACAAGCAAAUUUUCACAACAAAAAAAAAUAAUAAUAAUAAUUCCAUCCUCUACUUUCCCUUGCCUUUUAUUACUCCUCUCUUCUUUUCACUCUCAUUUCCACCCUCAUUUUUCCCCCUCCCCUCGUGUUCUCUUUCCCAUAUUCGAAAAUUCUCUCGAUUUCCCCCUUGAAAGUAUUCGAAGUAUCUGGAUAAAUUAUUUUCGUGUACACCACUUGCAGCGUGGCGUGCUGCACAUACAUAAUGCGUCAGAGAAAAGAGAGAGGUUGCAGACGCGCCUCGGGGGUGGAUCUGAGGGAUAAUUGUGUACAACGAAAUUCUCUAGCUGUGAUGCUUGAAAUGACGCGUCGUUCGCCCCUUCCCGUUUGAACGUGGUAGCAUCGGAGAAAAUUUGACAAGAAGGGAGAAGGUCUCGCACGGGAUGGGGAUUUUUUGAACGAAAAUCGCGUGGAAAAGAUGGAGGAAUAAUUUUUAUAUCGCUGUUUAAAAAUGUGAAUCUUUUUGAAACUAGAAGAAAUAUUUGCGGGAAGGAAGGAUUUGUUAUUCAAGGAGGAAAUAUAAUUGGAGGGACGAGGAACGGAUGGGGAAGAAUAUUGGAAAAGUAAAAGGCUUCGCUGCGACAAAACGAAUGUACUCUAUCGCCAUCAAUUUCACGUAACGUCGUUUUAUUUGUGUACAUGUACAUCUUUAUAGAGGCAUCCACGAAAAUCAUGGUUAUAUCGAAUAUCGAACGAUGGGGAAGAAGAAGGGAACUGGUUCGAGUCGACAAAUGUAUUAUCGAGCUCGUGAUUGAAUGAAUAUCGUUGUUCAAACGGUGUCGACGUAUUCGAUACGUGAUCAAUGUAAUGCAAUGUGCUUUAGAUAUCACGAUCCUCGUAAUUUUCCGUGAAACAAUAUUCCUCCGUUUAACCUUCGAGAAUUUAACAUGAAGAAUUGUUGCCGCGAUAUCGCGCCGAGAAUAAUGCAAUCGUUGGAAGGAAAAUAUCGAGAAUUUUUAAUGUUGUUCCAUUCGUGGAAUAUGAAAGUAGAUCGCGUGCAAUUUAUCGUACAUCGUGAGAAAAGGGAAUAGUUGGAAUAGACAUUUCACUUGCUAUUUUCUUAUAUAACUGUGCUCUUCGAUACUUCGUUUCGUUCGCAUCGACAAUGUAACAAAAUGCAAUCGAUCCAAUAUUUUUCUACAGUUCUCGAUAAAUUAAUUUUGUUACAGUUUCCAGGAAGAACGGAAACGUAAAUUAACAAAGAAAAGCCGAUAUUCACGACAAAAGAGUAGAAGGAACCAGUUUUCUUCAUCCUUUCGAGAACAAAAGUUCUUGCGUAAGAAAACGAAAAUUCUCGAUUCGUUGUUCGAUCGAUCGCAACAAUCAUGAUCUUCGGCGAUACCGCAACAAACGAUUUAUCCUGCAUCUAUUGCUGACCAUUCUUCUUUUUCACACUUUGAGCAAAGAGGAAAAAGCAGAGGACGAAAUUACGUGACCGGGAUACGCGAUCUUCCGGUCCUCUUGACGAAUCGUGUCGAAAAACGUAUCGGGACGAAACUGGCCGACACUAGACGAAGGGAGAAUUUUAUCUAUACAUAUUAAACACGUGCACGAUCUAUACAUAUUAUAAAUAGGCCCGAUCGAUCGCGAUAAGAUUAUAUUUUUAUAUGUAAAUAUGGCGUUCCUUCUUGUUAUCUUAUUAAAUAUAUCGACGAGGCGGUAGAUAGAAACGAACACUGCGAUCGAGCGUGGUUUCUGGUUUUCGAGGAGAUGCCAGAAAUACGAAGAAAAAAAAAAGAAGAAGAAGAAGAGAAGAGAGAUCGAUUCCAGCGUGAAAAGGAAAUAUUGUCGAAACGAACGAAUUACUUUAUCUUAUGAAUAUUUCAUAAGAAUCUGGAAAAGGGGGUAGGGAGCACUGAUUUUAAAUCGUCGAAAGUUGUUGGACACGAUCGGUAUUACUCCUUUCCUUCGAUAUCUUAUUAUUAUUUCCCUGAAAUGAAAGAUGCAAAACGAAUAAUCGUCAACUCGAUGAAUUUGUCGUAAUAAUAUCGAUAAACCGCCGUAUCUAUCCUUUUUUAUUAAUAGCUCGUAAAGAAUACCCGCACACUUUGUUCCUUUUCGUAAAAUACUUUUGACAAAAUUUAAUCCCAUUACAAAAUUCUCGCCGAUGAUCCAUCGUGAAGAGAAACAGAGAGAGAGAGAGAGCAGAAAAAAGGGAAACACAUCGUUCGGGAUAACGAGAUUUCUGUUCGAGCCGUAGAUCCUCCGAACACGCGCGAUUAAAUCUUGCUCGAUUUUGGAGGUGACGUUUAUUCGGCUCGCAUGGUGAAUUCGUACGGCAUUUUUCACGCACGAGGAUCAUCCAUCUCGCGCGCGUUAUUCGAGUAAAAGUGCUUGCGACCAACAAUUGUGUGUAUAUAUUCCAUAUCGUUCCAUAUACGACGCGAGGCGAACAGUUUGAAAAAUCUACAUGCGAUUCUCGAUCGGAAGAUGGUACGAUAUUUGGCGAAACGUGAACACGAUUAACAACCUCCGUUGUUACACCUGAUCGUUGUGUUAUUAACAAAACGAGAGGGGGAUCGGAUUGCGUGGAGCGAUGUCCCGAACGAUUUGAUCGCGUGGAAAAAGUUGUUGGAUCACGCGCAGGAUACACGGACGCGGUUAAAUAGGGCGGCGUUAAGAGAAGAGGGGAGGAGGGAGCGGUGGUCGAACCGAGUUUCGGGGCUUGUCACGCUCGUAAUGAGAUUAUGUUUGCAAUGCGGCAACACGAUGCGACAGGAAAUGUUACGCGCUGCCCGACAUCGGCCGAGAACUGUGGAGGAACUGUGUCACGGAGGUGGUGGACAGAAUUUCGUUGCAAGCUUUGGACGAUGAGUAUUGUAAUAAUUCGGGAUUCAUAUAACGCGCCCCGCCUUCGUCGGAAUCACGUUGUAUCGACGGUUGUCGUACAACGCUUGCUAAUAUUGGUGUACAAAAUUUUGGAUUAAUUCUUUAAACGAACGUGUAUUUUAUAUUCCGAGUUGGCGUCCAACGAACAAUGGACAGAUUUUGAAAUGUAUUUUUGCCGAUUCGAUUAACUUUUCGUGUAUAUGUAUACAUGAUUCUUCGUUAAAUGGAAUACUUAAAUAUACAAACAUCGCGUGCGUAGUUUGAAACAUUAUGAUAACGUCCGGGGAAAUUGAAUUAUAAUAAAACGAAUUUUCCAAGGGAUACGUGGAAAAGAUAAAUUGUUACGUUGAAUUUUAUACGUAUGUUUAUCGAUUUUUGUAUUCAAACGAUAAUUGUGGAAAAUUUAUAUGGGAGAGAAGAUACAACGAAUAUAAUGAAUAUGAGAAAAUUAUAAAAUUGGAUUUGUGAAAUUAAAAGAUUCGGAGGAUAAAUUUUGUUAACGAAUUGAUUCUAUCGAAGCAAGGAGGAAUUUCAUUUUGAUGGUAAUACUUACUAAUCUGGAACAGUGAAUCGCGACACAGCGAAAUCACGCGUCCAUCAAGUAGGUGAGGAAACACAACGGUACACUGCGUGUGUCAGGAUUUUGUAAAAUUGUGCUGUCAACGGCGUGUCACGAUAGCAGGUGAUCUCUGGCGCAAGCUAAAAUUCGUGAAAAAUACACGAUAUCUUGCAUAGUCGGUCCGAAAAAGAUAUCACCUUUUCGUCAUUUAUCGUCACAGACGGAUCAGACGUGAUUAAACGCGUAUCAUAUUUCUAACACUUCCUUUAUUUCUGAAUAUAUAGAAAAAUUGCGUAUUGUACGUGAAACAUAAUAAUUCGUCAUAUUUUUCGACAAAAGUUGGAGAAGGAUGUAUUGAUUCUCGUUCGCAAUAAAUAUUUAAUCGGUCGGAGAAACAAAAAUACAAUUCGCCUUAAUAUCGGAUCGAUUCGAAUAACCGCAAGAACUUUUGGAAGCGAAUGCGAACUUGGUAUUCGCAAUAAUACGGCGAAUGCACCCGAUCUGGGAGCACCUUUUGGUCAGAUGCAAUUGCACAUUCUUCCCAGGGUAGCGUGCUGAUCUUCCGGCUGCCAGGCUGCAUUCCUCGAAUACACUCCCCUUACGGCGAGAAUUUGGUCCACUAUCGGACCACCAAUUUCUCGGCCCUAUUCGCGUCGAGUCGAUCCACAAGUUUAACUAAGGGUGAUUGGAAAUUUUUAAGACUCUUGAGGAAAGGAAAGGACAAAUACCUUCGUUCGAAGCGUUUCUCGAUUCACUUUUGCGUUUCGAGAAAGACAGGUUCGAUUUUGAAAGGAACGAGGGAGGAUACGUUUCAGAUGGAAGAGAAACUUUGAUCUUUCGCGUGAAAAAAAUUAAAAAUUUCGUCACUGAAACAUAGAGGGAACCGUGCCAUUGAAGUCGCUUUUUGAUUUAUUCCGAUAUCUCGAACGGUUGCCGAGUUAUAACGAUUCGAAGUUUCCGUAGCGCUUAACACGGUACAGAGAUUAUGAAUGGAGCCGUAACCCACUGACCUACAUUUUUUCUUGGAAAUGCGUACUACGCUUUUCCAGGAAUCGCGUCUGACUCUUGUCUGGAGCUUGGGAUAGGUCGGUGAGAGAAGGUGCGAGCGAGAGAUCCGAAUAGGCGAUAAAGACGGAGGUAGUAAACGAUUAAAAAUUACCUUUUUCUUUACACGACGAUAUCUCGGCAACCGGAAGUCGUAUCGAGAUAAAUGAAAAGCCGUUUUAAAGAGGAAGGUUCCGCGUUUCUAAUGAUCGCAGAUCCGUUGACCGGAAGUCAUUAUCUUCGGAGUUAUAACGGUUUAAAGUUUUAGUAAAUUUUAAUAGGGUUUAAUACGGUUUAAGGUAAAUAAUCAAUAUUUAUGUUUUCUUUACACGAUCAUAUCUCGAGAAUCGGAAGUCGUAUCGAGAUAAAUAAAAAAGCGUUUUAAAGAGGAAGGUCCCGCGUUUCUAAUGAUCCCUCGUUCAAUGAUCGGAAAUUAAUAUCUUAGGAGUUGUAACGGUUUAAAAUUUUUUUAAAUUUCGAUAAAGUUUUAAUCAGGUUUUAAAGUAAAUUUCAUAAGAAAUAUCUUUACUCGUGAAAGAAUAUUAUUUAUAUAACGAUCUCGCUGGUAUAUCGAAACUAAAAAAUUCGAUUUAAAAACUUAUCUCAAAUAUUUUGGUUAAAAUUGAAUCUCUAUUUAAUCGAUCCGGUUUAAGUUUAUCAAUUAUAAAAAGUAAAUAUAUGUCGUUAUAACGUUACAGAAAUAAAAUACACGUUCACUAUCUGCUCCGUAACCGGUAUUGGAUUCAUUCCCUAAACUCGAGAUUCUCUGACGAUGUCGAACACCGUACGAAGAAGGGAAGUUCGUAAAUUUAAUUUAGCUUAAUUCGCAACCGACGAGAUUUACUCCACCGGUUCAACGAUAUUUUCACGUCGAAGGAUGGUGUAUCGCGAGGAUAUUCAUGCCGGGUUGCGCUUAAAACUUGUAUCGUGAAGACAGCCAUUAUACGCAGAGAGCCAAGCGUGCUAACAAUGGGAAUGAAAAUGAUAUCGUUCGCUAAAUUAAACCGAUGUUCCGAAGAACGUAACAAGCACGAUAUAGCCGCGUUCUAAUUUAUGCGAAUAUAUUUGUUGUAACAGUGAUGAUGCGUUCAGAUGUUUCAUUAACAACCACCCACUGCUAUUGUUGUUCUCAUCUUUGUAUCUGCAUUAGCCGCGUCGUGUAUUUCAUUUCGUAGAAAAAGAUGGAAUUAAAAAAUGGAUCAAAAAAUGAAUUCGAUAUUUUUCUUGGAAAAUUAAAAUUAAAACGAUUUAACACGAAGAUACGGAUUAAUUUCAUCUUCAAUUUAUUUUCGACGUUACAUCUUAUACCAUUAUUUACGGAUUGAAGAAUUUAUAAUAAAAAUGAUGGUUUCUUUUAUCAUUUUUUUCAAAAGGACAGAAAGAAAAAUAUACUUUAAUUUUUGUUCGAUAAAUUUAAAUUUCUUUUAAUAAAAUAUCCGUGAUACAUACAGAAUUACUACGGAAGAACUUACGUAUAUCUAAUUAAAUCGUAAAAAUUGGGCAAAGGUAUCGUUUCCCAAGUCAUCCUUAAUUUUUAUAAACUUUUAAAACUCUGAUAUAAAUAACGACGAAGAGAAACGAUAAUAUCGGAUUUCUUGCUCGAUAAACGAAUCAAAGAUGGAUCGUCGUCCAGCGCGGAACAAAUAAAACGGAAUCUCAUUGUGCUCCCACCCUCCGAUACACGAGAGUAAGAAUGUGAAAAAGAAUGAGCGAGAAUGAGAGAGAGAGAGAGAGCGAGAGAGACCGAGAGAACGAGAGAGAGAGAGAGAAAAUUACCACUAUGAACUAGCGAGAUAAGUUGUAUAGCUGUUUAUAUAUAAAAAUUGUACUACGAUAAAUUACCUUGAAAAAUACCUUAAAAAUUCCUUAAAAAAAAAAAAAAAAAAAGAAAAAAAUCACUUAUCACCGCUGUAAAAGAACAUUAAAAAAGAAAAAAAAAAAAAGAAACUCGACGAAAACGUAAAUUCAACGCGUUCAGCAGGCCUAGCGUGCGUAUUGUCCGGAGGAGUGGAAAAAAAAUGGCGGAGGCGAAGAAGAUGAGGGGUGGAAGAAAGGCGAGAAAACGAGACGAAUGAGCGGAAAUAAAUUACGGUGGAUGGCUGGACGCGUCCGCUCGCGAAGCUGUAUAUGUAAAGCAAUUGUGAGUUAUUAAAUAAACGAAUUGAAAGCACCA